CGGCAAAAAUGAACAGACGGACGAUGGUCGAAAAAAAAACUGAAGAAUUCUAGUUAAACAAAAAGAGCUCCUGGACCGGAAAUAAAACCCCUGACCUUUGUCGGGACUAAUUUUUACGUUACUUCUACACCAGAUGCACUGAACGGUAGACUAAAUUUGACUUUUUUUGAAAGCAAGUUGAAACAACUGUAACAAUUGAAACGAAAAAGUAUUAAAAAAGUUAAAAGUAAGCCGACAAAAGUUGGGACGAAAUUCAUGAAACCGACAAAAAAGCCAUGUAAUUCUGAAUAAAUUCCCAGCAUCAUGCAUAACAUACAUUGCACCCAGUAAAUAAAUUUGAAUUUUCAUGAAAUUGAGCAUAUCAGAAACAUAUCAGCAUAGUCAGUAGCGUAGCGACAAGUGAUUAAAAUGAUUUUUUGUUACACUAGUUGUUAACACGAAAAAGUCUAUAUUCUGAUUUGAUAACGCUUGCUAAUCGAACGCGUAAUAAAAACAAAAGAUUUUUUUGUAGUAUAAUUUAUAUUGUAAAUGCAUCUGCUAUCACCAUUUUAUUUGUUACCAUCACCAUACAUGCAACGAGAUCUUUUUCUUAUCAUCAAUUCUAAGCCGUUUUAACAAAUAAGCAAAACGAGAACUGCGUUUGAGUAAAAAUUGCUGUUAUAAAAAUUAGAAAAUGCCUGAAAAAGCAAAAGUACAUGUGAGUUAUGGACCAUACAUGAACUGUCUGGGCCAGCUUAUUUACGAGCCAGCGAGACUGAAUGGCCUGCGAACUAUUCUGGAAGGGAGUGAACACGAAAUAUUCUACCACAAGAGCGAAAAUUUGAACGAACUUUCAGUCCACGUGAACGGAGAACAAGUCUACGAAGGGAGCGUGAAAAACCUCGAUUUCAAUGAGUUUGACGAUCGAUAUGUGGCGACACAGGCUUUUGACUUCAUCACUCAACCCAUACAGAGAGGAGGAAAGCGUUAUGACCUGCAUAUAUGGACCCUCAGUGGCCAGGCAUGCAAGUAUCCCUCGUCGGUGCCGCCGAUCAACUUCAGAGGCUCAGAUGCUAUAAUCUGUGUGUUCGCAGUUGAUGACGAGAUGACGAUGAGUGUUCUGGAUAUUUGGAAAAAGAAGGCCCUUGAGGUAGUCCACCCGGACGUUCCUUUCAUUCUAGUUGCCAACAAGUGCGACAAGAGACGCAUGGAUGAACGGGACAUUCGCAAUAUGGCGGAUCAAAAUGGCUACUAUUCCUGGUUCCAGACAUCCGCUCAAACUGGCAAAAACGUCUCGGAGCUCUUCGAAGGAGUGGCGGAUAUAUUAAUAACGGAAUCAAGAAUAUCUAGCCAUAAACGCUCCAUAAUAAACUUGGAGCCUCCUCGAAAAAAGAAGAAAUGUGUGUGUGCUAAAUAAAAGUAUCUGUAGAUAAGAGUCAAAAAAUUUAAUUCUAGCUCUUGAAUAUCCCUUAAUAUUUAUCAAAUC